CGCACCACCACUCUCCUGCUCCGUAUACUAUGUGAUGAGUAGUUUAAUUAUAAUAUUUGACAACAGUAGUAUAAUAAUCAAUUAUUUGCAGUAGCAAUUAUAUAUAUAUAUAUAUUGUCAAGGCUGUACUUUUUGUAAUGUUUUUUUUCACCUACUUGUUUGUGGGUUGCGCCAAUUUCGUGGCAAAAGCCAAGCAAAGUCUUCUGUUUCACACCUUUCAAUCUAAUUUUUUCUAUCAUGGAUGUUGAGAGAAUCUAGGGUUUGACAGCAUUUUCCUCCUAAAGUCCAACUGAAGGUCCGUUUUUUCUGACUUUUUUCUUAACCUUCACUCUUCUGCAGCCUUGAGUUCUUUGCUCUCUCUUGCGUGGUUGAUGGAAUUCUUGUUUGUUUUGGCAUUUGUUGCUAUGUGGGUUUUUGCUUCUGAUUGAUUUUUAGAUGCCCUUUUGCUCGAGUCAUGAAUCAUGUUCUUGCCUGGAUGUCUUGUGAUUGCUACGAAGAAGAGAUUAGCUUUGUAUUUUGCCAAGAAUGGGGUUCUGAGUAUUUGGGUGUCUGAUGUUUUGGUUGUUGAAGAUCUGUUCAAUCAGUAGUUUGGAGGGUCCGCCCUCUUCCCUGUUAAUGUUGCUCUGGAAUUUGGUGGUUUGGGUUUUGGGAAUUAGGGUUUUGUUUCAUUUUCUUUGAUUGUUUCUCCUUAGUUGUUUUUGGGAUUGAAGGGGGUAGCAUGGAGGAGGUUGAAAGUGCAAAUAUUGCUGCAGUUGAAAGUUGCUACAGAGUGAUUAAUCUCUUGUCUCAACCUCAAGAUCAGAAUCAGUUUAGGAAUCUAGUAGAACAAACAGGGGAGGCUGUUCAAAACUUCAAGAAAGUUGUUUCUCUUCUCAAUUCUAGUUGUGGUCAUGCUAGAGUGAGAAGAGCCAAGAAAUUUCAAACACCUUUCCCCCAAAGUAUUUUUUUGGAGAAGCCAAUCUUUAGAUCAGAUGAUCAACAUCCCAAGACGCAUCAGCUUCUUCAAACUACCCCUCUAGAGGGCAAUCAACUCCAAGAAGUUGCGUCCAAUGUAAAGAGUGAUCUCACAUUGGGAAACCCUUCUUUUGAAUUAAGCUCUCAUGGGAAGAAUCCUCUGCAACAUGUUCAUCAAACGCCGUUGCCCAAUUAUCAUUUCCUCCACCAUCAAAGGAUUCAACUUCAGCAGCAGCAGCAGCAAUUGAAACAGCAGGCUGAACUGAUGUAUCGCCGUAGUAAUAGCGGCAUUAGCCUGAAUUUCGAUAGCUCUACCUGCACGCCAACCAUGUCAUCCACAAGAUCCUUUAUCUCCUCAUUGAGUAUAGAUGGUAGUGUUGCUAAUUUGGAUGGCAGCUCCUUUCAUUUAAUCGGUGCGGCUCGUUCAGCAGAUCAAAGCUCAUUCCACCACAAGAGAAAGUGCUCUGGGAGGGGAGAGGAAGGAAGUGUGAAAUGCGGAGUCAGUGGUAGAUGCCAUUGCUCUAAGAAGAGGAAGCACAGAGUAAAAAGGUCGAUCAAAGUACCUGCUAUAAGCAACAAGUUAGCUGAUAUACCCCCUGAUGAGUACUCUUGGAGGAAAUAUGGUCAGAAACCAAUCAAAGGUUCUCCUCAUCCUAGGGGAUACUACAAAUGUAGCAGCAUGAGAGGCUGCCCUGCCAGGAAACAUGUGGAGCGGUGCUUGGAAGAGCCCUCGAUGCUAAUUGUCACUUACGAAGGUGAACAUAACCACCCGAGAUUACCUUCACAAUCAGCUAAUACAUGAUUCUUAGUAGAAAAUGCUGUGAAGAUGGGGUUGAGCCCUUGAGCAUAAUUUCUAAGACAUCUGAGUUUAGUUGGCUUGAAUUGCUCAUGUACAUAUGUUGCUUUGUUUAAUCUGAAGACUGUACAAAUGGGGUGAAUUUGUGGUCCGAUCAUUA